ACGUAUCGACAUGAAACUGUCCAUCAGAUCAUCAAUUUUCUCACACAUGGUCGCCCGCCCAAUUUGAUGGAGGUAGCUUACUGCACUAACACCGAAGCCACAGAGCACGUCGCUUCUGGCGAUGAAAUUAUCAUCACCAAGGACCAGUUGUCUAUCGACUGGGGGGGAUGUCGCCCUAUCGAAAGUCUUCUUACAGAAUGGCUUACACUCUCUCAUAAUAGUAAAGAUAUCAUGGCAAACUUGCCUCAUUGCUUACUGACACAAAACUUGAAGGAAACCAAGAAAAUAGGCAGCGCCAGAAGGAAGAUUCUACACAACGAGCCGUCCAACGAGUCGUGGAUGUUCCUCAACCUCUUCAACCCAUUGCCUAUGUCCUCCCCGGGCUUCCUCAAUAACCCAAACGCCCAACACCUGCAGUACCUCGAGGAUAAGCAAGGCAAAGACGCUACAAGGAGAUUUCCGUACGGCAUCCUACUCAGUGAAGGAGGACAACAUACCGGCUCCCAUAUCGACUUCCUUGGAACUGCAACAUCCGUCACUGUGCACGAGGGUACAUAUGGCUUUGGCUGGAUACAUGUACGGGAUAUGGGGGAUCUAGACGCAUGGACACAAGACCCUCUCUCGGUAGACGUCGGAAGAAUGGCACGUUAUGUGGUCCUUCACCCGGGCCAAACUGUGUAUAUGCCUUCUGGAACUAUUCACUUUAUCUUCCGCAAGCAG